AUGGGCACCCUGGGCAAGGCGAGAGAGGCUCCGAGGAAACCUUCUCAUGGCUGCAGAGCUGCCACUAAAGCAAAACUAGAGGCGAAGUCAGCCAGCAGCCCCUUCCCUUCUCAUCCCAGCCUGGCCCAGAUCACCCAGUUCCGCAUGAUGGUGUCUCUGGGACAUUUAGCCAAAGGAGCCAGCCUGGACGAUCUCAUCGACAGCUGCAUUCAAUCUUUUGAUGCAGAUGGAAACCUGUGUCGAAGUAACCAACUGUUGCAAGUCAUGCUGGCCAUGCACCGAAUUAUCAUUUCCUCUGCUGAACUGCUCCAGAAAGUUGUCACCCUCUAUAAGGAUGCCUUGGCAAAGAAUUCGCCAGGGCUUUGCCUGAAGAUCUGCUAUUUUGUAAGGUACUGGAUAACAGAAUUCUGGAUCAUGUUUAAAAUGGAUGCCAGCCUGACACACACCAUGGAGGAGUUCCAGGAACUGGUGAAGGCCAACGGGGAGGAGCUACACCGCCGUCUGAUUGACACGACCCAGAUCAAUGCCCGUGACUGGUCCAGGAAACUGACUCAAAGGAUAAAAUCGAACACCAGCAAGAAGCGUAAAGUCUCCCUGCUCUUUGACCACCUGGAACCAGAAGAGUUAUCCGAGCACCUCACGUACCUUGAGUUCAAGUCCUUCCGGAGGAUAUCCUUCUCCGAUUAUCAGAAUUACCUUGUGAACAGCUGCGUGAAGGAGAACCCCACCAUGGAGCGGUCCAUUGCCCUGUGUAACGGCAUCUCCCAGUGGGUACAGCUGAUGGUUCUCAGCCGCCCCACCCCGCAGCUCCGGGCAGAAGUCUUCAUCAAGUUCAUCCAGGUGGCUCAGAAGCUCCACCAGCUACAGAAUUUCAAUACAUUGAUGGCUGUGAUAGGUGGGCUGUGUCACAGCUCAAUCUCCAGGCUCAAGGAGACAAGUUCGCACGUCCCACAUGAAAUCAAUAAGGUUCUGGGGGAGAUGACCGAGCUCCUGUCCUCCUGUAGAAACUAUGACAACUACCGGCGAGCCUACGGGGAGUGCACCCAAUUCAAGAUUCCCAUCCUGGGGGUGCACCUCAAGGACCUCAUCUCCCUGUACGAGGCCAUGCCCGAUUACCUGGAGGAUGGGAAGGUGAACGUCCACAAGCUGCUGGCUCUUUAUAAUCAUAUCAACGAACUGGUCCAGCUGCAAGAGGUGGCCCCACCCCUGGAAGCCAACAAGGACUUGGUGCACCUGCUGACGUUGUCCUUAGAUCUCUACUACACUGAAGAUGAAAUCUAUGAGCUGUCCUAUGCCCGGGAACCAAGGAACCACAAAGCCCCACCACUAACACCUUCAAAGCCCCCAGUAGUAGUGGACUGGGCUUCUGGAGUAUCUCCCAAACCUGACCCAAAGACCAUAAGCAAACACGUCCAGAGGAUGGUGGAUUCGGUCUUCAAGAACUAUGAUCAUGACCAGGAUGGAUACAUUUCUCAGGAAGAGUUUGAGAAGAUUGCCGCCAGUUUCCCCUUUUCCUUCUGUGUGAUGGACAAAGACAGGGAAGGCCUCAUCAGCAGAGAGGAGAUAACGGCCUACUUCAUGAGAGCCAGCUCCAUCUACUCCAAGCUGGGCCUGGGCUUUCCUCACAACUUCCAAGAGACCACCUACCUGAAACCUACUUUCUGUGACAACUGUGCUGGAUUUCUCUGGGGAGUGAUCAAACAAGGAUACCGAUGUAAAGACUGCGGGAUGAACUGCCACAAACAAUGCAAAGAUCUGGUUGUGUUUGAGUGCAAGAAGCGAGCCAAGAACCCAGCAGCAAUAACCGAGAACAGUACCCCUGGAGGGCCAACAUCCAGCCUUUGCUCACUGGGAGCCAAAGACCUGCUCCAUGCACCUGAGGAGGGACCUUUCACAUUCCCUAAUGGGGAGGCUGUGGAACACAGUGAGGAAAGUAAAGAUCGGACCAUCAUGCUCAUGGGAGUGUCCUCACAGAAGAUUUCUGUUCGGCUGAAGAGGACUGUCGCCCACAAGGCCACCCAGACGGAAUCCCCGCCCUGGCUUGGCAGUGAGCGUCCCUGUGGUCCCUUUGUGCUCUCUUCCCCAAGGAAGACAGCCCAGGAUACUCUGUAUGUGCUUCCUAGUCCCACAUCUCCUUGCCCCAGCCCAGUCUUGGUCAGAAAGCGGGCUUUUGUCAAGUGGGAGAAUAAAGAAUCCCUCAUAAAAUCAAAGGAGGAUCUCCGUCAUCUCAGACUGCCAACCUACCAAGAGCUGGAACAGGAAAUAAAUACCCUGAAAGCAGAUAAUGACGCUCUAAAGAUCCAACUGAAAUAUGCACAGAAGAAAAUAGAAACUCUCCAACUUGCAAGAAGCAAUCACGUCUUAGCUCAGAUGGAGCAGGGUGACUGUUCUUAGCCAAGAAUCUCAAGGAGCACAAUGUGUAGAUGAGUAUAUCAGAGAUCUCACUUAACUAAAAUAAAUAACAAACACCUGGUGUACCUUAGAUCAACCAGCUCUUUUAAAAGGUCACUUUAAAAGAGAAAAGCAAGUUACUUUUUUUUUUCUUCCUUUAACCUAGUAAGUGGAACUGUCUUCCCUUCCAGUCACUUGAAUCAAAGGGGAGGAAAGCUGAAGAAUGCAAAAUUUUUGCCAUUCACACCACAAACAUCUGCCACCCCCAACCCCGGGACUAAUACCUACAGCUUGAUAAAAACAUGGCUGUAGUUUUCUGACAAGGUAGCUUCUCCUAUGUGGCCUGCCUAGCAACUUCCUCCUUAGAACUAAAAUCCCUGGAAAAUGAAUUUGCUUCCUUCUGUGGGUUUUCUGGGAGCUGAGGGAUUUACCCUGUUCCAUCCAAAGCUUGCUUACAGUGGAAAAAUACAUUCCACAAACAGCUUUACUUCCUCUAUAUUCCAGCAUUCUUUUCGAAUCUGGUUCCCACUUCACUACCUCAGAUCUGAUCAACUAGCCUUCUCCCACUCCUUCCUCACUAGGCUCAUACUCACGUGAGAAUACCUACCUACGAGUAAACAUCUAGAGAUGGAGCCACAGAUCGGGGGGAACAUUAUCCAAUUACAGGUCAACUCAUAGUUUUAGUCACACAGUCAUAAGUAGCCAAACUAAACACCUAGAAACAUGGCAAAUACCACUUCAGACAUGACUAGCCAGGUAGCUAAAAUAAACAUACUACAAACAUGAUGUCUGUCCUCACAGAUGUACAUUGGAUAGAAUUAGGAACUUCAGGCUUUUUGAAGAAGAGUCUGUUAAACUUUUCAUGUGCCAUCUUUUUUUUUUUUUUUUUGGAAGUUAACUAUUUUGAACUGAAUUUGUGCUUAUACGGUCUUAAUACUAUUUAGAAAUAAGCUAAUUGGAUCAGAGGCUUCAAUAACAGCCCAGAGUGUAUAUGUGUAUAUUAUGUAUAUACAAUAUCAAGCAUGCAUGUGGCUUGGAAUUUUGUCUCCUCCUUCAUAAAAUGUGGAAUUAAACAACUUUUAGUCAUUUACACAAAUCCACAAAUUUAAAGUUGUUUGUUACAAGAUAAAGAAAUAGCUCACCACAUAAAGUGUAUUGUUGAGCAAAAUCACAAGAAUCCGAUGAGCUUUCUAGUAAUGAAGGUUAAUGAUAAAUGGGCUUGUUUAGUUGGGCAACUAUAAACUCCUUUAUCAGAUUCUUGAUUUCUCUAAAAAGUUCAAAUUAUCAUUCUUUUUGAGGGGAACUUACCUUCCAUGUUGGAAAGCUUGGUACCAAGCAGACUUGAAAUUCAUACAAGUUGACCAACAGCCAAGAACUUAAUCUCAACAAUUUAAAGUUCCAAACCUAAAGCCAACAACACCAAAUCUUAAUCAGAAUACGAAGAACAUAUACAGUAUAGCUUCCUUGGAGGAUUCAGACUAUUUAAGAAGUUUCCUUGAUGAAAGACCAGUUCCCAUUUGCAUACCUCCUUGCUCUGAGCAUUAGUGACAAAACUAGUGAGUAGCUUUCAGUUAGUGUUUCAAAGAAUUACUUUACACACAAAUUUACCCUUUCCUAAAU